CCACCGGGACUCUGACCGGAGACAGCAGAAAGGUUUAUUUCAAAUAGACAAACAGGCAGCUAACAGCUUGGUGCAACUGUCACAGCGUCGGGUUCUGCAAACCCAGACUGGACCCUUAGCAUGAGGGGAUACCUACUCACAGUUUUCAUCAGUCUUUGGAUGGAGUCAGGCUAUGGAACUGAUGUUCAGCUAAUCCCCAGCCAUCCAUUGGUCAAUAAGUCUGUUACCUUGAAUGUCAGAGGAAUCACAGGUACAUUACGCUACUUCAGGUGGUAUUUAGGGUCAAGGAUAGAUGCUGCCAACCAAAUCUUACACUACAAUCCAAAUGUUAACCCCCCGCAAUUACCAGGUGUUCAGUAUUUCCCUAGGGCCCAUGGGCUCCCAAAUGGCUCCUUACAUAUCUCAGACCUUGCUCAUACAGACCAGGGGAUGUACACAGUGAUGAUACUUACAGGAGGUAUGGAAAGAUUAACCGUUCAUCUGCCUGUUUAUGAACCUGUCACUAAACCAGUGAUCAGAUGUUCCUCCCCUCACCCCAAGGUAAAUGAGACCAUCUCCCUCAUAUGUGAAACAGCCAACUGGGAGCGUAUCUCAUGGAGCAAAGACAGUAGCAGUCUCCCUUCCAGAGCAGAUUUGUCUCCAGACAACAGGACUGUAACCCUACACAACAUUACUUUCUCAGAUACCGGACAGUACCAGUGCGAAGCUAAGAACACUGUCAGCAGGAGUGUGAGUGACAUCUUUACACUGGUAGUGAAUUAUAAUGAGCCUCAUAUGGACAACUGUGCUGCUUCUAUGGCCGGGAUCAUCUGCGGCACCAUUGCAGGCAUUGCGCUCAUCAUCUGUACAACGUUUCUGCUGUACAAGAAAUAUAUCCUUCCCAAGAGAGAGGUCCAAAAAGAACAACCCACUGAGGGACAGGACUCAUACAGAAUAUAUUAUAAUGUUUAUGCUGCUACAAUGGCUCAGCCUGCAAAAGAGGAACUGCCAUACAUGGGACUUGAAUACCCAACGCAGGAUACAUACAGCGAGCUGACACACUAAUAGUAUAUAGAUAUUGCGCAAUUUCCUCAUAGCACCAAUAUCUUACCUGCCAUAAAUGUUUUACUGUCUGCUACUGACUAUACCAGGGGCGUGGGGCCCUCUGGAGAUCCUGCCCAUUCUAUAUGUGGCCUAAUAUUAAAGAGAUAUCGAUCAGGCAGGAUUUAAGAUGCUGAAUCAUUUUCUGUAGGCCCGUAUUACAAUCGGAUUAUAUCAUUGGUAUCCUAUGUGGGAGAACUUUACAGUAGACUCCACUAGUGUUGUCUGGAUUCCAAAAAACCCACAGGUUGGGCAGGUUCAGGCCAAUAUAGCAUCACCAUCAGAGGGAGUAGGGAGGGCUUUAAAAAACUGUUUAAAGUUGGGUCAAGAUGGGAAGGGUUUAAGGUUGGGUAAUUACCCUACUCAUGUAUGAUUAGAUGCUACCAUGGACUCCCUUGCUGUGAACAUUUCAUAUGCUAAGCUUUGUUAUUAAAGUGCCAGGGAUAUGUAAUGAGUGUAUUUAUUAUCUGUUUGUAAAUGGGAAUAUUUUUAUUAUACCAAAAUGCCCCUUUCUUAAAUACUUCAGUUUCAUUGGUACACACUUUUGGUGCCACACAAAUUUCUGUUACUGAAUUGAUUUUUUUUUAUUAAAAAUAAAUAUACACACUUUUUUAAACUGC